UGGGAGUGAUUGAGGACUGGCAAGUGUGUUGGGAGUUAAGCACAGAGUGGUGAUUUGUUCACAAACUACCGGAAGAAUAUUUUGGGUGUAGCAAACUUCCUGUUAGAAUUUCCCUUUAUCUCUCCACUUCUUUCUAGGUAAAGUUAGGAACAAACUUGUUCUGAUUCAGAGAGUGAAGCUUGCUUGUACGGGCUUUACUCAGUUUUUUUGCUGCCUGCAUCAGUUUGUCUUGGUUUGUUGAAUUUGUGUGAGUUAUUAUCUAUACUGUAAUGUCUCGAGUCAACACAAUGAAGAGUGAAUGAACCAGAGAACAGCUGUAAUCUGCAAGCAUUCACUAGGGAACUGCCUCAGUGACAGAGAGAGAGAGAGAGAGAAUUGACAGACAGCAGGUGGCCACAGCCGGGAGAACACCAACUCCAGGAUUUUAUGGUGCUGAGUUUGGCUCAAUAUGCCAUCGGACCAAGAUGCAGAGACUGCUGGCAAACUCCUGCAUAGCAAUUCGCCAGCAUCCCCCUCCAUUUGCUCCCAAGGUCAGCAGGAGUUCAGGACUAGAGCUAAGAGUCCAAGACCAACUUUCUUCAAAAAUGUAAGUGUGCCAGAUUCCAGGCUCUCAGCUCGAGAGGGUGUGUUGGUGGAGAAACCAGGAGUGUUUCAACGACAGAACUCCGUCUCAAAAACCAUCCGCAGGGGCACGGCUGAGUGGUUUGGUUUGGGAACAGACUGUGAUUUGGAUCAACACCAUUGGCAACGUAAGAGCUGGAGACACUGCAGCCAGAGGUAUGGGAAGCUGAAAGCACAGUACCAGAGGAACAUGGGAAUUCCCAAUCGAGGAUCUCAUCCUUUCUCCACAGCGGAUUCACCAGAUCCCUCUAAAGUGCCCAAGGGCCAUGUGCUGCGUUAUACAGACAAGGUGGAUCCAGCAGACCCUCCUCUCAAAUCACUUGGUUCAUUUCGAAACUCCCAGUCAGGAUACGUGGGAAUGAUUCGCCGGAAACGGGAGUCAGUCGCUCGGAUGAGUCUGCGAGCAGCAUCGGCUGUGAUAACGGGUCGUCCUCUUCUGAGACCUUCUCUGCACAGACGAACUAGAGGAAGCUUUGUAUAUCCUAGCAACUUUGUGGAAGAUGUCACCGAUGGUCCAGAACGUCUGGACUCCUCGUUUUUUAGUAAGAUCGAUGCUCCUGAUGAAAGUUACUCAAUGCCUGAUGAUGUGUUUGAAUCUCCACCACUGUCAGACUCCUGGCCAAUGAGGGACGUCCACCUUGUGGAGAGGCUGCAAUCACCAUUAGAAUCCAGGACACAGGUGUUGAAAGGUGAAGCAGAGCACAGAAGAGGUAAACGCAUUGUGUCGCAAGUCAAGCACUUUGCAUUUGAUAAGAAAACUCGUAAGUACGGCCUUGGGGUGGUUGGGCGGUGGCUGAAUCGUAGAUAUCGCCGAGCCCUAAGCUACAGCAUCCGAACCAAACUGCAGGACAUGAGGAGUCACAGGCCUUAUUUCACUUACUGGAUCACAUGUGUUCACAUUUUGAUCAGCUUGUUGGCAAUUGGACUUUAUGGGAUUGCACCAGUCGGGUUUGCACAGCAUAUGAAAACACAGCUCGUGUUGAGGAAUAAAGGGGUGUUUGAGAGUGUGCAACACGUGCAACAAGAGAACUUUUGGAUUGGACCAAGCUCGGUUGCUCUCAUUCACCUUGGAGCAAAGUUUUCUCCCUGUUUACGGAAGGAUCGGUCCAUUUCGAAGCUUAUUGAGAAGCAAAGAGAGCAGGAGAGGAACUCUGGCUGCUGUGUUCAGAAUGAUAACUCUGGGUGUGUACAGACAUUGAAAGAAGAUUGUUCGGAAACGCUUGCAACAUUUGUAAAAUGGCCAAAGUUCCAGGCCCCUUACUUGGAAUCGAUUAAUGGGAGUAGAUCAUCUGGGGCAGUCUGCCAUCAGGAUCCAAGAACCUGUGAGGAGCCAGCCUCUGCUGAACCACACAUCUGGAAGGAUGACAUUACACAAUGGCCUAUUUGCACCUAUCAAGCAAAGAAGAAGCAGAUGGGUUUGAAACACAUGGAUUGUGCGAUCAAAGGGAGACCCUGCUGCAUUGGGACAAAGGGCAGGUGUGAAAUCACUACCAGAGAAUACUGCCAGUUUAAGGAUGGAUAUUUCCAUGAAGAAGCAACCUUGUGUUCACAGGUGCACUGUCUCGAUGAAGUAUGUGGCUUGUUACCGUUUCUGAAUCCCGAUGUUCCAGAUCAGAUCUACAGGCUUUGGCUCUCCCUUUUUCUUCAUGCUGGGAUUAUCCACUGCUUGGUUUCAGUAAUAUUCCAAAUGACCAUUCUUCGGGACCUGGAGAAGUUAGCAGGUUGGCUGCGCAUUUCAAUCAUCUACAUCCUAAGUGGAAUGAUGGGAAACUUGGCAAGUGCGAUCUUCCUGCCAUACAGAGCUGAGAUACAGAGUGCACUGGAAACUAAAAGGUGGAGGCAGCUUGGAGCAAGAGCAGGAUGAGAAACAGGGAGAUGAACAUUGAGGAAUGGAUUCUAGCAGCCGCUGUUCCGCUGCAUCAGUACAUGGUCCCGGACUGCGUAUUUCAUCUUGAUAAAACGGUGAGAUCCAAGGGGCCCAGCUCCUUAAAGUUGCACCUGCUGUAAGUUAAAAAAAUCACACAACACCAGGUUAUAGUCCAGCAGGUGUAAUUGAAAACACAAUAGCUUUCGGAGCGUACCUGCUGUAGAAAGGGAUCAGCACUUCAUCACCCAUGAGUAUGGUACGGUGAACAUAUGGAAGAGAGUGGAGGGACUGGAGGUAGCACCACAGGAAAAUGAUCCCUUUCCACUGCUAGUGGAAAGUGCAGUGCACGGCUAACCUGUGGAUAUGCCCCGAGGAGCCAUGAGGAACAUGCAACACCAGCGCCUUCUACAAACAGGACAAGCAGGUUAAUGGGAUACAUGUAGCUGCCUGAGCAACAAUGGGAUUCACUACAGACUGGUCAGACAACCUACUAAAUAGGGAGAGUCAACCGAGCAGCUGGAAGUAUUCAAGGAAGACAUGAUUAACCAGUUACCAAGGACUGAGGAGUGAAAAAAUAAUGAAUAAUACUAACUGGGGUAGACAAAGUGUGGAAGGCUUAAAGGGAGCAGAAAUAAAUACAGGAGGGAGCUUAUUAAGUCAUAUGAGAGAGGAGACAGUGAUGGACCUCAUUUUAGGGAAUGAAGUCAGGCAAGUGGGAGAUGAAGCAGUGCAGGAAUAUUUUGGAGAUAGUGACCAUAAUUCAUGUAUUUUGUUCACUUGAGAAUGUAACUUUUGAAAAGAAGUUCUGGGAUUUACA